GGCGUCCUAGUCGAUACUAAGAACUCUAGUCGUCUUGGGUAAAUGCAGCCGCGGCGUACAAAGUGCCUGGGUUGACUGAUGUGCCUCCACCGAAAAUGGACCCCUGACAAGUUUUCGAUGUUUCAUAUCUGCGAACAAAUAAAGUGUCUGGAUACUCAGAGGUCCAAGGUCGCCCAAGGUCGCCCAAGGUCUCAUUCUCCCUCUUCUCUAGCCGGUGAAGAUGACAUUUUGAUUCAUCAAUAUCAUCUUGCCUCGAGAGUACAUGCCGUUAGGGAGGCAGCCAAUUCCACCGUUCUUCCCACACCCACACCGGUACGAACACUGCCUAUUUGUACCUACCUCGACCGACCCAGGACUUUCCGUCCCCUCAUCCAGAACGAUCCCAUCGUCCCAUCAUCCCAUCAUCCCCUCAUCCAGCCAGCCAGCCAGCCAGCCAGCCCUCCAUAUCCAUAUCCAUAUCCAUAUCCAUAUCCAUCCCCCCCAUCCAUCCAUCCAUCCAUCCAUCCCAUCCCAUCCCAUCCCAUCCCGCCAAAGCACACAAACGUCCGUUCCACUUCAUCAUCGCACCUACAUACACACAUACAUGCGACCGACAUACUACAUACAUGCGCAUCCACCCAUCCAUCCACUCACGCACCCACUCACACCUAACAGAACUUUAACUUUACAUCUUAAAACAUCCCAAUUCACCAAUCCACCAAUCCACCAAUUCGCCAAUCAUUGACUUCUGAUCUUUCACCUCACCCACUUCCCUCACCUCACUCUCCUCACUUGCUGAAUCUGCUCCGACGACAUCUUUGCACGCUUUGCACGCUCUGCAACAUUAUCGCGACGUCGUAUGGAUAUCCAGAUCGUGAAUCAAUUCGCCGAUAUUGUUUGAAUCAACCAAUAUCCCGAAUACAAACCUCGCCCCUUCAUUUACUUAUCUGUACGAAGCGCAACGCAACACAACACAACACAACACUACCCACCUAUCCAUCCAUCCAUCCAUCGUAUCGCAAUCAAUCACCACCCAAUUUUCGACUGACAUUAGCAUACUUCCAUCAUUUCUAUCCUCUUGCAUGCGGAACCUUUUCUCUUUGGGCGACAACGCAACCCAUCAUCACAUUACACAGUCAUCGGCGCCGCAUGCGAAUAUUUCAACAAUUUGUUCCCAUUUGAAUCAUUCAUGUCAGCAUUCACCUGAAGGAUUGUUUUGUUCUAUUUUCCAGAAAAAAAAAAGAUUUUCAUCAAAUAAUUCGGGGUGAAGACCCGAGCGGCUCGCUGGUCGAUCUACAAGCCCUCCUUCGCAAUUCCAAAAUUUCAACAAAGCCUGUGUGUGCUUGCUCCCUCCACACCAUACAAUCGCAUCCAAUUCACUCUCAUUUUCGUUUUUACUCAACCAUACGAUAAUAUCUUUCCUUCCUUCUCGCAGAACUUUGCUCAAUUAUUCCAACUAUAGUCUGAUCUUUCGAAUCUUCUUAAAAGUACAUACAUACACACAUAUCACCACCCGCUCCAGGCAUCUUACAAUAAUCUCGAAUCCCUCUCCAAUCCAUCUGUCUGUCCAUCCAUCUCCCUUUCUCAACCAACCAAAGAAAAGAGAUCGACAAUUCUCCUUGUUCUUUUUUGCGCAACACACCACGGUGUAUCAAAGACCCCAUUGAAGGUGUUGCAAAAGAUAUUGGCACUUCAAUUUAAUUUAUAGAAAAUCCGACUUGUUCGGUCAACCAACAAUAUGAGUGUAAUGCUUCAAACCCCUUCCCGGGCGUCAACAGCCUCAUCUUCUUCCUUCCAACCAGUUUCUCGACAAAAUACCAUGUCUUCACACGAUGGGGCUCGCUCUGCCCGUCAAUCAAAGAGAUAUUCUAUGACUACCCUGUAUCUUUCCAUGUCUGCGAAUGAGAAGGAUUUGGAAAUCGAGGAUGAUCUUGCGAAAGCACAAAAGGUUCUACGAGAGCUCAAAUCGAAGAUUUCAUCACAGUCGAAGAAGAAUUUCGUGUUGGAGAAAGACGUUAGGUAUUUGGACUCGAGAAUUGCAUUAUUGAUUCAGAAUCGCAUGGCUUUGGAAGAGCAAAAUGAGGUAGCUAGUCAUUUGGAAGAUGCGACCGACUUGCAAGAAGGUUUCUUCCCAAAUGAUGAGAAGACGCAAAAAUAUGGCAAUCUUUUAUUCUUGCUUCAAUCAGAGCCCAGGCACAUUGCACAUUUGUGCCGCCUGGUCACCAUGGCAGAGAUCGAUUCUUUACUGCAGACAGUCAUGUUCACAAUUUAUGGAAAUCAAUAUGAGAGCCGUGAAGAACAUCUUCUUCUGACUAUGUUUCAGUCUGUCUUAACAUACCAAUUUGAUAACACGCCAGAAUAUUCCUCACUCCUCCGUGCGAACACCCCAGUAUCGCGUAUGAUGACGACGUAUACCAGAAGAGGUCCUGGGCAAAGUUACUUGAAGACUGUAUUGGCAGACAGAAUAAAUGGGCUUAUCGAGCUGAAGGAUCUUGACUUGGAGAUCAAUCCCCUCAAGGUCUAUGAAACAAUGAUUGCACAAAUUGAGCUGGAGACGGGAGGACUCCCGGCUUCCCUACCCAGGGGAGUAACAGCAGAGCAAGCGGCAGAUAAUACACAGGUCCAGGCCAUUAUCGAACCGCGAUUAACAAUGCUUAUGGAGAUCGCAAAUGGAUUCCUUACAACAAUUAUCGACGGGUUAGAGGAAACACCGUACGGUAUUCGAUGGAUCUGCAAACAAAUUCGAAGCCUGACAAAGAGAAAGUACCCUGAUGCCAACGACCAAGUGAUUUGUACACUUAUCGGAGGGUUCUUCUUCUUGCGAUUUAUCAACCCUGCUAUUGUCACCCCUAAAUCAUAUAUGCUCAUUGAUGGAACUCCAGCCGAUCGACCUAGACGAACUUUGACCUUGAUUGCUAAGAUGCUUCAAAACCUUGCCAACAAGCCCUCAUAUGCAAAGGAACCAUAUAUGGCCAAACUUCAACCGUUCAUUCAACAUAACAAAGAACGAGUCAACAAGUUUAUGCUUGAUCUUUGUGAAGUUCAGGAUUUUUAUGAAAGUUUGGAAAUGGAUAACUAUGUAGCAUUAUCUAAGAAGGAUUUGGAGCUAUCAAUUACCCUCAAUGAAGUUUAUGCUACGCAUGCUCUACUCGAUAAACACACGGCCGAACUCAACAAAGAUGAGAACUCGCAUUUGGCAGUGAUCUUGGCCGAUUUAGGGCCAGCCCCUGCACAACUACCCAGAAAAGACAAUAGGGCUAUCAACUUACCACUGUUCAGCAAAUGGGAAACCGCGAUCGAUGAUUUGACAGCUGCCCUCGACAUUACCCAAGAGGAAGUAUUCUUUAUGGAGGCCAAGUCAACAUUCGUUCAAAUCAUGAGAUCGAUUCCGAGCAACAGCGCUGUGGCGCGUAGGCCACUUCGUCUUGAAAGAGUUGCUGAUGCAGCAGGUCAAUACCGAAAUGAUGCUGUCAUGGUACGCAAAGGUAUUCGGGCGAUGGAAUUAUUGAGCCAGCUGCAGGAAUUGGGGGUCAUUGAUAAAUCAGAUCAGUUCAGCCUCUUGCGGGACGAGGUUGAACAAGAACUUCAACAUCUUGGAUCACUUAAAGACGGAGUUAUUCUCGAAACUCAAAAACUCGAUCAAGUUUUCAAGACCAUUCGAGACCACAACACUUAUCUAGUCGGUCAACUCGAAACUUACAAAAGUUAUCUGCACAAUGUUCGGAGCCAAAGUGAAGGAACCAAGCGAAAACAACAAAAGCACCAAGUCUUGGGUCCGUAUAAAUUCACUCACGGCGAAUUAGAGAAACAAGGCGUUAUUCAGAAGAGCAACGUACCCGACAACAGAAGAGCCAAUAUCUACUUCAACUUUACCAGUCCUUUGCCCGGAACCUUUGUCAUUUCGUUACAUUACAAAGGGCGAAAUCGCGGUUUACUGGAGCUUGAUCUGAAGCUUGAUGACUUACUCGAGAUGCAAAAGGAUAAUCAAGAAGAUCUUGACCUGGAGUACGUUCAGUUCAACGUGCCAAAGGUUCUUGCUCUCUUGAAUAAACGUUUCGCUAGGAAGAAAGGAUGGUAAAAGCGCAACCACCCCCGCAUCCUCAUAAUCAAGGAUACAUUUCCUUCUAUGGAAAUACCUGCUUCCGGCUACUGGCUCGGUCGCAGGCUGUAUGAAUAUUCUUAAGUCGUUCAAGUCACCGAUAGUGUUGGAUGGUGAAUCAUCGGAGUUGUGUUUUUUGAUCUCGAUAUACCUGGUGGCAUGGUUUUGAUGGCGUAUAUGGCAAUUUUCCGAUAUUGUGCAGACGGAAGCUUUAUACCUUUUCUCUUUGUUCAAUUUCUCUUGAUAUAUCUUGUUUUAAUGGGUGGUAGUUGUGAUGUUUCUUGCGUUCUUCGUCUUUCUUUCUUUAGUUCAUUUAUGGGUGCCUUCUUCGGUACGACGAGCAAAUCAUUUGGAGCGAGAUGCUGAAGAUGUUUGGUCUGGCUGGUCCGGAGAAGUGACAUGACAGGAUUUUGCAUUAUUCAAAGGGGAUACGAGUCAAGGGAGAUCCUCUAUCUUGAUAUGAUAUUUAUUGAAGACAUGAGGUUGGGAUUGGGAAUGGAAAGGAAGAUCGGGAAUUUACUGGGUGAUUGUCUAUUAUGGCUCCCGUCUUUCCUCUUGCCUGCGGGGAACUUGGAAUGGACGGCUGUACGGAUGGGUAGGAUCUCUUUUGGUAACGGCAAUGCAAGCAAAUGUGAAUGCGAAUGCACACAAUAAGAUAUGGAUAUAUGAUUGUGUAAUAGGCGCGUCAGGUCUCGUACGAGAAGAGCGCAUACUAGUAGGACGAGACAAAUAUCAAAUGUAAUAUCA